AUGCUACAGACGCAUGGGGGACCUCACGACAAUGGCACCGACACACACCAUGAAGAGCCACGCGGAAGGAGCAGAGUGCCGACGACACAGCUGCAACUCCCAAAGAACCGAAGUACCGGAAAUCUCGCCGUCGUAAACGAUCAAACGGGCCGCGGCCGAAUGCGCUUUUCCUUCGAUUCCAGCUCUGUCGCCGAGGGCGAACCGAUGCCUCCAAGGUCCUCCAUUGUAACAGACCACGACCAUGGACUUGGUCUGUCCGGAUUGCGUCGAAUUCGACAACAGCCCUCUUCGCGAGCCCCGACUAUACCGUCAUCGUCGAACCCCGCCUCUAGAAGCUCAUCCAUCGGUCUAUCGAGAUCAACCUCUAUGACAACCCUGAUGGCAAACGCUCCAGGCAUGUCCUUCAGCUCGCACCCGUCGUCGCCGAACUUUUCCGAAGAUCUCUCUCGCUUCCCCUCCGAAUCGUUACACUCGUUCUCUUUCGCCCACCAAUCAGAAGAAUAUAUCCAUAACCGCCAAAAUGUUCUGAAGAGAUCUAUAGAAUUUAUGAAGGACAGAAUGGGGUGGUCCGUCUCGUCUUCAGAUGUUGCACUGGCGAGUGCUCAGGCGCGAGCAGCGGGCGAUGUAGAAACACAAAACAUGCUCGAUCUGCUGGCAAGGGCACAACUCGUCGGUGCAGGCAACCUGCCUACCAACGAUCAAGCCCUCAUCGGGCCUCUCACCGGGCCUGCCCAGGUUUCCGGAGAGAACUUGUUCGAAGCAAACUUCAUCCCGCGAACCUCGAGCCCAGAGCCUUUCCACUCACCCUGCGAAUCCCCAACCACGACACAACCAAAGCCGUUUUUCCCAGCAAGGGAGGAGUCACCGCAGAAGAAGCAAGAAGAGAAGUCGAAACAAACGUCAGGCGAUGCAGAAUCCGAGAGCUCAAGCAGGACCCCGACGAACGAGAGCGGUACAACAACAAAGACGUCUCCACCACCAUCUCGUAGGCUGAGCCUGAAGCGCACGCUGACUGACACCCUCCCGGUCUCGGUUCACCAGCAGUUGAUAGAGACGAUGGCGCAACCAUACCUGGCGGCCCACGAAGCACUCGCGUCCCCGACGACAGCCCACCCCCUUUCUGCAGGCCAUAUGCCAAGCGCCUUAGGUCCGGCUGUGCAUGGGCAUUCGACAAGAUGGGUUCCUGCAGCACAAGCAAUUUUCACGACAGAAUCCAAGCCUCCAUGGACAAUCAUUGCCGCCAACGAUUUAGCUUGCCUGGUUUUCGGAGUCACAAAGGCUGAAGUCAGGAAAAUGGGUAUUCUGGAAGUCGUCCAAGAAGAGAGAAGAGCUUGGCUGGAGAAGAAAUUGCUGCAAAUGGAGCCCGAAGAGAGUCUAAAUCACGAGGCUGAAGAUGUUCCAGUACCUUCUCCUCCACCGGCAUCAUCAACAUCACUACUGGGUGGCCGCGGCGGCAUAACGGCCCAGUUGCUGAGCAAACCCAAUUCUAGAUCGCAACCCCCGAAAACCGUUCAACGCAAGGCACAAACCGUUCACAGCGGAGAUCCUAAUCCGCCAAAACUCAGAGGAAGCUCACGGCAUCAGAGCAGUAGAUCCAGAGGUGUUUUGCUGUGUGGUGACGUGGUUCCAAUCCAAAAGCGAAACGGUGCGACGGGCUCCGCAAGUUUGUGGGUAAAGGAGAAGCGGGUUGGCUUGAUCUGGGUCCUCGAGGAAAUCCAUGAAGACGUGGCCAAUAUCGAGCUCGACGACGAAGGUAUCGUUCAGAAGAUUUCGGGUGCUACGGCACCGAUAUGGGGCUAUGAGUCCCUCAGGCCUGGGGUGGACGUCGGCAAGCUGAUUCCGCGCAUUCCCCGCCAAGGCAUUGACCCUCGCACUGGUGAGGUUGACUUUGCCCAGAUUGCGAGGCGCAAGUUUUUCACAUGUCCAAACCCGGCCAAAGUCAACAUUCCUUGCACGGUUGAGCAGGUACGCGGCAAGACUGAGCUGAGAGUCUCAAGCUUCCCGCACAUUGCAGGGAUCAUCGUCGUUGACCCAGAGAACCUCAAAAUUCAAAGCUCGAAUUCCGUAUUUUGCGGAGCUCUGUUUGGGUUCGAAAAGCCCGACGGCAUGCCCAUUGACUCGCUCAUACCGAAUUUUCAAAAGAUACUCCAUAUUCUAACGGAGGAAGAUGGCGUUGAGCUCCAAGAUGGGAUUGUUGUACCUGAGCACAGCUUCCGACGGGCAUCGGCCAUUUUGGGUCUGCGGGAAAACCGCCCAGAUGCUGCCGCGACGUUUUUGCGCCCGGAUGGGUUGCCAGGGAAACACAGGGACGGUUCUGAACUGAAGAUCGACGUCCAAAUGAGAGUCGUCAGAAGUGCAAAGCAAUCCACGGUGAUCCAGGAGACUGUGAUUGAGGAUGAGGAUGAAGAUAAGGGCGGAGAUCAGCAAGACGACACAUUCGCCAUUACUCAUUCGGAGGUCGUGUUCGCCCUUUGGAUUACCUACUCCAGGCACAUGCACGCCAGCAGAUCAACUCUCGGCGUGACGUCGGCAUCAGCCUCUGGAACGACAACUCCCUUACAUCAGCCGUCGCCCGGACAGACGCCCGCACACACGCCACUCGAGAUUAGUUCGGAUUCCGACGAGCCCAAGUCGAAGGAACCAUCAACUGCUUCCGCCAUCACCAAGCAGCUCAAGGAAGUCGCAAUGACAGCGGCCGCGAAGCUGACUGGUGCACAUCGAUCCACGGAAAAGAAGCAGCAAGAGAAGCCGUCCGUCCCGCAAGUCGUUGAGCCCUCUCACAAGAAGACAAUCGAUGAUUUCCAGAUCAUCGAAGACAUGGGACAGGGUGCAUAUGGUCAAGUCAAGCUGGCGAAGUACAAGACGACACAAAAGAAGGUAGUUUUGAAAUACGUCACCAAGCGUCGCAUUCUCGUGGAUACGUGGACGAGAGAUCGCAAGCUGGGCACAGUGCCUUUGGAAAUUCACGUUCUGGACUACCUGCGAAGGCCCGAUCUCAAACAUCCGAACAUUGUCGACAUGGAGGACUUCUUCGAGGACGAUGUGAACUAUUACAUCGAGAUGGCUCCGCACGGUCUGCCAGGAAUGGAUCUCUUCGAUUACAUUGAGCUUCGCAGCAACAUGGAAGAGGCCGAGUGCCGCAGCAUGUUCGUCCAGGUCGCAAAGGCUAUUGGCCAUCUUCACACGAAGGCGCUGGUAGUACACAGAGAUAUCAAGGACGAAAAUGUCAUUUUGGACGGCGAGGGAAACAUCAAGCUGAUUGACUUUGGGAGUGCGGCGUAUAUCAAGAACGGGCCCUUUGACGUGUUCGUGGGCACGAUUGAUUACGCUGCGCCGGAAGUCCUCGCAGGCAAGCCAUACGGCGGCAAGGAGCAAGAUGUGUGGGCACUGGGAAUCCUGCUGUACACGAUCAUCUACAAGGAGAACCCGUUUUACAGCAUCGACGAAAUCAUGGAUCGCGACCUCCGCGUGCCGUGGACUAUGAGCGACGAGAGCAUAGACCUGGUGCGGUGCAUGCUAAACCGGGAUGUGCAGGCGCGAUACGACAUCAACCAAGUGCUCGCCCAUCCCUGGUGCCAGGAAGUUGACGCCGAGUAA